AUGGCCUCUUCCCGGAGAAGCUCGUCCCAGUGGGGGCUGGGCCUCUUCCUUGUGGCCUUCUUCGCUGUUCUCUUCUCGCCUGCGUUUGUGAGCCAGGCCCGCGCCGACGACGUCCAGGAGUACGGCACUGUUAUUGGUAUUGAUCUUGGCACCACAUACUCUUGUGUUGGUGUUAUGCAGAAGGGCAAGGUGGAGAUUCUCGUCAACGACCAGGGCAACCGUAUCACACCCUCCUACGUGGCUUUCACCGACGAAGAGCGGUUGGUUGGUGACGCCGCCAAGAACCAGGCCGCGAGCAACCCGGAAAACACCAUCUUCGACAUCAAGCGCCUGAUCGGUCGCAAGUACUCUGAGAAGGAUGUCCAGAACGACAUUAAGCACUUCCCCUACAAGGUUGUCAACAAGGACGACAAGCCGUUUGUGCGCGUCGACGUCAAGGGCUCCGAGAAGACCUUCUCCCCCGAGGAGGUGUCCUCCAUGAUCCUCGCCAAGAUGAAGGAGGUCGCCGAGGGCUACCUGGGCAAGAAGGUCACCCACGCCGUCGUCACCGUCCCCGCGUACUUCAACGACAACCAGCGCCAGGCCACCAAGGAUGCCGGCAUUAUUGCUGGCCUGAACGUCCUCCGUAUUGUCAACGAGCCCACCGCCGCUGCCAUCGCGUACGGCCUGGACAAGACCGACGGCGAGCGCCAGAUCAUUGUCUACGAUCUCGGCGGUGGUACGUUCGAUGUGUCCCUGCUGUCGAUUGACCAGGGCGUCUUCGAGGUUCUGGCUACGGCCGGUGACACCCACCUGGGUGGUGAGGAUUUCGACCAGCGCAUCAUCAACCACCUCGCCAAGCAGUUCAACAAGAAGCACAGCGUCGACGUCACUGCCGACAAGAAGGCCAUGGGCAAGCUCAAGCGCGAGGCCGAGAAGGCCAAGCGUACUCUGUCGUCGCAGAUGUCCACCCGUAUCGAGAUUGAGUCGUUCUUCGACGGCAAGGAUCUGUCCGACACCCUGACCCGCGCCAAGUUCGAGGAGCUCAACGUCGACCUGUUCAAGAAGACGCUGAAGCCCGUUGAGCAGGUGCUCAAGGACGCCAAGGUCAGCAAGAGCGAGAUUGACGACAUUGUGCUCGUUGGUGGCUCCACCCGCAUCCCCAAGGUCAUCUCGCUCCUCGAGGAGUUCUUUGGCGGCAAGAAGGCCAGCAAGGGCAUCAACCCGGACGAGGCCGUCGCCUUUGGCGCUGCCGUCCAGGCCGGUGUGCUGUCGGGCGAAGAGGGCACGGACGAAAUUGUCCUGAUGGACGUCAACCCGCUCACCCUGGGCAUUGAGACCACCGGUGGUGUCAUGACCAAGCUGAUCCCCCGCAACACCCCCAUCCCGACCCGCAAGUCGCAGAUCUUCUCGACCGCGGCCGACAACCAGCCCGUUGUCCUGAUCCAGGUCUUCGAGGGCGAGCGCUCCAUGACCAAGGACAACAACAUCCUGGGCAAGUUUGAGCUGACCGGCAUCCCGCCGGCGCCGCGCGGCGUCCCCCAGAUCGAGGUGUCGUUCGAGCUCGACGCCAAUGGCAUUCUCAAGGUGUCGGCCCACGACAAGGGCACCGGCAAGAGCGAGAGCAUCACCAUUACCAACGACAAGGGCCGCCUGACGCAGGAGGAGAUUGACCGCAUGGUCGCCGAGGCCGAGAAGUAUGCCGAGGAGGACAAGGCCACGCGCGAGCGCAUCGAGGCCCGCAACGGCCUGGAGAACUACGCCUUCUCGCUCAAGAACCAGGUCAACGACGAGGACGGCCUGGGCGGCAAGAUCUCUGAAGAGGACAAGGAGACCAUUAUUGAGGCCGUCAAGGAGGCACAGGAGUGGCUCGACGACAACGCCGCUACUGCUGACCUGGAGGACUUUGAGGAGCAGAAGGAGAAGCUGUCCAACGUUGCUUACCCCAUCACGAGCAAGAUGUACAGCCAGGGCGGCGACGCCGACGAGGAGCCGCUCGACCACGACGAGCUGUAA